AUGGCUACCGAGCCAAGAGUGGUGGAGCGGACGCCAGACGGCACCUCGCCUCGAACAUAUGCCCUGAACCACCUGCGCCCCAAGUCGAGCUUCGUCGGUUGCUCGCGCAUCUCCGACUAUGAACUUUUGGGGAAGCUGGGAGAAGGAACCUUUGGUGAGGUCCACCGCGCACGAUCUCGAAAGACUGGUGCCCAGGUCGCAUUGAAGAAGAUCAUCAUGCAUCAUGAAAAAGAUGGCUUCCCGAUUACGGCUCUUCGCGAAAUCAAGCUGCUCAAGCUGCUCUCGCACAAGAACGUGUUGAGACUCGAGGACAUGGCAGUCGAGCAUCCAACAAAACCGACCGACAAAAGGAAGAAACCCAUCAUGUACAUGGUAAUGCCCUACAUGGACCACGACUUGUCGGGUCUCCUAGACAACCCUUCAGUCCAAUUCAAGGAGGCACAGAUCAAAUGCUACAUGCUCCAGCUACUGCAGGGCCUUCGAUACCUGCACGACAAUCGCAUCCUGCAUCGCGACAUGAAGGCUGCCAAUCUGCUCAUCAGCAACCAAGGUAUCCUACAAAUCGCCGAUUUUGGUCUGGCCAGACACUACGAUGGCCCGACUCCCCAAGCCGGAAAAGACAUGGGCGAAGGACGCCGUGACUACACUGGACUGGUCGUUACCAGAUGGUACCGACCUCCUGAGCUGCUGCUUCAGUUGAGACAGUACACUCCCGUCAUUGAUGUGUGGGGUGUUGGAUGUAUCUUUGGCGAGAUGUUGGUAGGCAAGCCGAUCUUGGCUGGCGAGAGUGAUAGCCAUCAACUUGAUCUCAUUUGGGACCUCAUGGGCUCUCCUACUGAAGAAUCGAUGCCGGGUUGGAAACUUCUACCUGGUGGAGCUCAUCUUUCACCACGCCAACGACCUGGUGUCCUUCAAAACAGAUUCCGGGAAUUUGGCAAUGGCGCAGUGGAACUGCUCAAGGAUCUGAUGAGACUCGACUGGCGACGACGCAUCAACGCCGUCGAUGCUCUCGAUCACCGCUACUUCAAGAUGCAGCCCUUGCCCAUGGAGCCUCACGAGAUCCCAAAAUAUGAAGAAAGCCACGAGCUGGACCGAAGAAAGUUCCACGAUCGCAAGGCUAAUCUUCCACCGGCCCCUAAGGGUGGCACGGUAGGCAUUGGUCCAGAUGCGAAUGGGCCCACUGCAGGUUUCAAUAGCAGUGAUGGUUACGGCAGCCGCAACGGCGGCGCCAAUGGCCGUUACCGCGGACCUGAUGAGCGCAGGCCCGAUGAGCGCAGGCCCGGAUGGCAGAGAGAUCGGGGCCCUCCCGGUAGGCCUCCUCCUGCUCACGAGGAUGAACGAGGUCCACGAAGAGGCGGCGCUGCACCCAGAGGAGCUACCGAGGCGAAGGCGGUGGUGGUCGGCGCGACGACCGGCCACCAAGGGAUGAUCGACCACCAAGGGAUGACCGACUCCCAAGAGAUGACCGACUGCCUAGAGAUGACCGACCCCCAAGAGAUGACCGACGACCCAGGCCACCACCUCGGGAUGAGCGGUGGCAGGAGGGGCGGCAGCAGAGCCGCAGUCGAUCCCCAAGACAUGAUCGGGGCCGGGAGCGCGAGCGUGAACAGAGGGAUAUCUAUCGGCGGUGAGGAGCUGCCCCAGUUUACCCUUGGGUUCAAGCACCCCACCAACAACAAAGACGAGGGGCUGGCUUACACCAGUGAGGCGUUGGGUUAUCAUCUUUUGUCGUUUUAUUAUGGAAGCAUCACGAUACACCCACCAUUGCCAUAG